GAAGGCGGCGGAAAAGGGCCCGAAUUUUCGAGUCUUGGCAUUUGCAUCUCAACUUUUUCUUUCUCCCUCUCCAUUGACUCCGCGGCCGAAAUCGCUUCUUCCUCGCCUCCACAUCCGACUCCUUCAAUUCCCCUUCACCCUCGGGGCGUUGCUGAUCUCAUACUCUUUUUGAGUCCUCUUUUUUAUCCUUCUGACAUCUAUUCAUAUCAUACAUAGCAUGAUUUCGGCUACUAGAAUGUCGGCCACAGCGCGGACGGCCACCUUGCGGUCUCAAGUACCGAGUUUGAGAACAGCUGCUUCUCAACGGUCAUCCAUCCAGGCUUACUCUUACUCGACAUCGCCUACAGCCAGAAUCUCCCUUUCCUCCAAUACCGAACGCGCAACCCGUCCUGUCUCCCAAAUCCUUUCCCCGUACGCUGCUCUUCCACUCACGCGAUCCUUCCAUGUCAGCACUUCUCGCUGGCAACAACAAGAACAGAAGAAGGAGAAAGAAUCCGAGGAGUCCAAGGAAUCCAAGGAAUCCAAGGAGUCUAAGGAGGAAAAGGAUGAUGGCAAGUCUGAGGAGGAAAAGAAGAAUGCGCCUCCUCCCCCUCCUCACGGAGACAAGACUCCCUGGCAGGUCUUCAGAGAGACUCUGCAGUCAGAAUUCAAGGCCUCCAAGGAGUGGAACGAGUCCACCAAGGCUCUUGCAUCUUCGGCACAUCAGUUCACAGAGAAUGAGAACAUUAAGAAGGCUCGUGCCGCCUACGAAGCCGCCCAUGGAGCGGCUGCCACUAAAACCGGAGCUGCCUUGAAGUCCACCGGUCAAGCCCUUGGCAAAGGUGCUUCCUGGACAUGGAAUACUCCCGUCGUUAAGGGUAUCCGAAAGGGUGUUAAUGCGACCGGCUCUGGAAUCGAGAAGGCGACGCGGCCCGUGAGAGAGACUGAGGCUUACAAGAACGUCAAGGAUGCCAUCGACGAUGGCAGUAGCUCCCGUUAUGGUGGCUAUAUUGACAAGGAAGAGCGCCGCAGAUUAAGGAAGAAGCGUGAAGAGUUGGAAAUGAAGUCUGGUAAGCGGGUCGAACCCAUGGUUGAAGAUCCAAAUGCCGGUACCAACGUCACACUCCAUAAGGACUCUGCCUGGAAGGAGUCAUGGCGCGACUUCAAGGACUCCAACCCUAUGAUGCAGAAACUCUUCGCUUUCAAGGAAACUUAUAACGAGUCUGAGAACCCAUUGAUCAGCACUGCCCGCAGCAUUUCCGACCGCGUGGCUGGAUUCUUUGCCGAAAAUGAAACUGCUCAAGUCAUUAAGAAGUUCCGUGAAAUGGAUCCCAACUUCCAGAUGGAGGAAUUCUUACGGGAGAUGCGUGAAUAUAUCCUUCCUGAGGUUUUGGACGCGUACGUCAAGGGUGAUGUUGAGACCCUCAAGCUUUGGCUCUCCGAUGCUCAGUUCAGCGUCUACGCCGCCCUCGCCAAACAGUACACAACUGCCGGUCUCAAGUCGGAUGGUCGUAUCCUCGAUGUCCGUGGUGUUGAAGUCAUGAACGCCCGUAUGUUGGACCCUGGCGAUAUUCCCGUGUUCGUGGUGACCUGCCGUUCACAGGAAGUACAUGUGUACAAGAACGUGAAGACCGGCGAGCUUGCCGCUGGUAUGGAGGAUAAGGUCCAGCUGGUCACUUACGCCAUUGGUCUCACGAGGAUACCUGAAGAUGUUAAUAACCCGGAGACCCGGGGUUGGAGAUUGAUCGAGUUGCAGAAGGCUGCUCGUGACUACAUCUAAACGGCUCCGAACAGAUUAUCCCCUUCAGCGUAUCCAUUCUUCCUCAUUCGACGAUCAUAUUAUAACCGACCAACCAUGUCUUGAUUAUCGGCGAUUUUUGAUGAAUUACCUCCCCAAUAUUUCUCUUCUCCAUUGUUUUGAUAUCAUCCGACUGUACAAUAUGAACUUCCCAAAACUCAUAGAGCCAGGUGGAAC